UACAGUGUGAUCGUGCCCAGACUAAACUUGGUUUACAUGCACCACGUCCACACUGACCGCGAGAGAAGCGGGAGACGGAAUUUGUCGUGAUAGGACUGCAAGCGCAAAGUUUACUGUGAAUCCUGAUUUACUUUCACGGAAGAGGAGCACGUGCCACUAUCUCACAACCUCGAUUUCUUCUUUCCAAAGGUGUAUACCUCCCACCCCGCCCCACCACGGCCCUCACCUGUGUGUUGCGGUGCUUCCCUUGUGAGCCGACCUGGGCCGGCAGCCCCUUCUUGCACCGCCCGCCGACCCGGCCCAUGGUCACCAUGACGCGCUCCAAAACUUUCCAGGCGUACCUGCCCAGCUGCCACCGUACCUACAGCUGCAUCCACUGCAGAGCACACCUCGCCAACCAUGACGAGCUCAUCUCUAAGUCGUUUCAAGGAAGUCAGGGCAGAGCAUAUCUGUUCAACUCUGUGGUGAACGUGGGAUGUGGUCCUGCAGAGGAAAGGGUUCUGCUCACUGGCCUUCACGCAGUGGCAGACAUCUACUGUGAAAACUGCAAAACCACACUGGGGUGGAAAUAUAAGAGAGACAGUCACAGGUAUGGACCGACAUUAGAUGAAUAAAUGAAGUGAAUAAAUGCAGGAAUAUGAGCAGCACACAGAAGCAGAGGUGCUGUAUCCAGCCCUAGGACGAAGUGUCUCGGGAGGUAAUGACUCAGCAGAAAAUCAAACAAAGAACAUCAAGAGCUCAUGUUCCUGAAACACCAGACUGCAGUAAGGAAUGAUGGUGCUCCGAGCGGAUCGGGUUCUGUUUAUUGGCUGGUGAAAGUGCAGUCCUCAGGGAGAACCGUCUUUUUUUGGCCAAUGACCUCACAUCUGCAUCUCCCUCUUCGUCCAGCAGCAGUGCUUUUAUGUAACGUUUACUCUCAACAUAAGACUGUGGGCAAAAGCAAAGCAAACCUUAAAGGGAUAGUUCACCCAAAAAUACGAAUAUCUUUCUACAGUGGAACACAAAAGGAGAAAUUCCAAGCUUUUCCAUACAAUGAAAGUGGCCUGUCCAACAACAUUUUCAGUGAAUACCAACUUAAAUUUCAGCGUGUUUCUCUGAAAAGCUGUCAUAUUAAGAAGACUUGGAAUAACAUUUGAGAGACAUUUCGAGUUUGUCAGCCCCAAUCCCCAUCCACUUUUAUUAUAUGGAACUGAGCAGCAUGGACAUUCUUCAAAACGUCUCGUUUUGCCUUUUUUUGUGUUGAUCAGUAUGAUGGUGCAUAAAUAAUUACAGAAUAUGCUUUUUGGGUGAACUAUCCCUUUAAAAUGCCAAAGCUUGGCAUAGUCUGAUAUUUUUAUGGUAGGUUGACUGUUUUGAGUGUCGCCACCCUUCCUAUUUAACAGAGACGACAUUCACAAGCAUCUUUCCAUAAGCAAUCCUUUCUCCUCGGUUCGGUGUUCAGCCUUCGUGGUGAAGGCAAGGCUCGCUGUAACCUGAUGGAGUGUGAGCUGCAGAGGCUAAAAAUAGCAGAGCUGUUCAGUGAGUCAAAACUCUGCAGCAGGGACUGACUCAGACAGACUCGCACAGACUGGUGCAUUGACACAGUGAACAGAGAAAGCACAAGAGAUUCAAGAGUGACAUGAGACAAGCAUGUGGCAUAUUGCAGUUACACUAAUGCACUGUGAUCUGAUUGUGGCCUUUCAACAGGAUUUGAUCUUGAACCUAAGAGAUACGCUAGUGUUAUAUUUCAUUUCAAUAACAUCGAUUAGUGAAUCUCAAAUUUCACUUCAAGUCAAAUCUGGGUCUUGAAGCAAAACCAGUGUCCGGUACACCACACAGGCUACUUCACUGAAGUCUGUUGUAAACAAGCUCACUGGGAGGCAUAGAAUUAAACUGGGCCGAACUAUAUUUUCCCUGUGGAUUAGGGAUUGUGGUAAUCUCUGCAUUUGUUUAAGAUUAUACAGAUUGCUUUAUUCCUGUGGUCUACAUUGAGGGCCGUUGAGAGUGUAUGUGUAGAGCUGCGAUAUUAUGGAGUCAGAACGCUUUUAUAUCUCACAUUUAAAGAUUUAUAUACAGAUUAUUAAACACUAUUCAACUAUUAAACACAAAAUUCAGUUUGUUGCACAAUGGAUGUAAUCAUUAUAUAUUAUGUCAGUGUGCCGACUGAGGCUGUGAGCCACGAUUGCUUAAAAACUGAUUCCUAUCCUUCCCUUGUUCAUAACACUCAGGCAUUCUAGAAAAGAAAGAUUUAAACACUUAGUAAAGUGGAAAGAUUUGAAACACCUGUUGAGAAUUUAUUACAAUACGUAAUAACGCACUACCAAUACUGUCCAAUAGAUAGCAUGAUUUCCUCAAAAUGUGUCAUUAUGUCUCAGUGUUAUCAGUAUAUGCACAAUAAAUGUAUAUAUUGUACCUGAGAGAAAACGUAUUGUUUUGAAAGAGGUAAAAUGAUUUUUUUUUUAAAUUUUCAUUAAAGAAACUGUUGUAUUUAUUUCAAAUGAUUAUCAAAAGGCAGUGAUUAUUUAGGAAAGGCUGCAUGUGUCAGUAAUUUUGUAGACAGCAACUUGAAUAAACCAUGCAAGACAACAUCUACAGUCUGUAUCUGUCUGACAGACCAUUAGGACAGCAAAUUACUGCAGUCAUUACCUUGUUGGGAUGCAGGAGCAUAAAUUUCCUUUUACUUUUAAGAGCAUCUGCCAAAUGUUUUGAAUGCAAAGACCAUUAUGUUUGGAAGCUACUGUAAACAUGAACAGGAAAUAAUUGAUCAAAUUUGAAAAAAGAACAGGUGACUACAGCACUGAUGUUAUUAUUAUUAUUGUAGAGACCAGGCCUAGUUCUGCAUUCAAAUACAAGUGUUAAAUAAAGAUUAACUGGUUACAUUUUGAGAGUGUUCUAAGAUGCCUCAUUAUGAUCAAAUUUUGGGAUUUGAAUUACACGUUUGUAAUCUUAGUUAAGAUCAAUUUCAGUUUGGUUGAGCCAUCAAUCAUAUCUGGUUCAUGCAUGCUAUAUGUUUUGUUUUUCAGUGUGUUAAUACAUAAUUAUUCUUAUUUGAGCACACAGCCAAUAAGGAAAGCAGAAUCAUUAGGAAAGAUGCAGUCUAUCAUGACUCUUUUCAUUCAAUUUAUAUUGAUCUGUCCUCUCACCUCCAUCUAUGCUCAUUUGACCAUUCAUGUUUAAAUGAAUUAAUAAUUAAAAUCCUGCACGUAAAUUGUGACACGGAUGUUUCAUUAGAAAUAGAAAUACAUUUAUAAUGAACUUAUAUU